AGUAGAUAGAGAGCGGUGAAGAGCAGAAGGAGCUGGGUGGCAGGAGAGAGGCAGGAGGGCUGUUGUUGAUUGAACAAAGCCAGGGAAGGAGUGCGCAGUCCUGGGGAGAAGAGCAGCUGUGAAAUGCCUCGAAGGGAGCCUGCCAGCUACUCCUGCAGAGACCUGAAGGUGUUGAGCUUCAGCUGAGGAUGGCAGGAGACUCUCGAGUCCUCAUGGACCACAACAUGGAGAUAGGAGUAACACCGGCACAGGUGAAGAAGCUUCCUAAACACUUGCGGGAGGCUCAGAUCUCGACAGAGCGAACCCACUUGAUUUCCGACCCGGCGAAGAAGCCACGUCAGCGCUAUGUGCAGAAGGACGGCAAGUGCAACGUUCAUCACGGAAACGUGCAAGAGACCUACCGUUACCUCAGUGACUUGUUCACUACGCUGGUGGACCUACGCUGGCGUCUUAGUCUCUUCAUUUUCACCUUGGUCUAUGUAGUCAAUUGGCUUUUCUUUGGCUUUCUGUGGUGGCUGAUAGCACUCAUCCGCGGGGAUCUGGUGCAUGCUGAUGAGGAGGGCUGGACCCCCUGUGUGGAGAACCUCAACAGCUUUGUCUCAGCCUUCCUCUUCUCCAUCGAAACAGAGACCACCAUCGGGUACGGUUAUCGUGUAAUCACAGAAAAAUGCCCCGAAGGUAUCAUCCUUCUUUUGGUGCAGGCCAUCUUGGGUUCCAUUGUUAAUGCCAUGAUGGUGGGCUGCAUGUUUGUCAAGAUCUCACAGCCAAAGAAUCGCGCCGAGACCCUCAUGUUCUCGCACAACGCUGUCAUAUCGGUGCGAGACAACAAGAUGUGCCUGAUGUUUCGGGUGGGGGACCUGAGGAACUCUCACAUCGUGGAGGCAUCGAUCAGAGCGAAGCUGAUCCGCUCACAGCAGACCAAGGAGGGGGAGUUCAUCCCGCUCAACCAGACUGACAUCAACAUCGGCUUCGACACGGGAGACGAUCGGCUGUUCCUAGUGUCGCCGCUGAUCAUCUCUCACGAGAUCAACGAGAAGAGCCCCUUCUGGGAGAUGACUCUGGCUCAGAUGGAGAAGGAGGAGUUCGAGAUCGUGGUCAUCCUCGAGGGCAUGGUGGAGGCCACAGGGAUGACUUGUCAGGCGCGGAGUUCCUACCUGGACACGGAGGUGCUUUGGGGCUACCGCUUCACUCCGGUGCUCUCCCUGGAGAAGGGCUUCUACGAGGUUGACUACAACAACUUCCACGAUGUCUACGAGACCAACACCCCCACCUGCAGCGCCAAGGAGCUCGCUGCUAAGCUACGGGAGGGGCCGCUAUUGCCUCAGCUUUCGCUCCUCAGCCCUGAGCCCAAAAUGCAUACUUUUGACACCCUAAACCGCCUGUCCAAACCGGACCCACUCGGCCAGGAUGAGGACAGGGAGGAGGGAGAUUCAGGGGGUGACAGAGGAGAGACCAAUGGCUCUGCUGCUGCUUUGGAGGAGCCGCACCUCGCUGAUGGACUGCCUGGCUGAUGUGGCCACAUCAGCUAAAAUCCCAGGAGAGACUGGACGAGAGGACAGGACAAUAAAAUGCUUCAUUUAGUCAAUGGCCAGCUUGUUCCAUUGCAAUGCUUGGAGAUACAAGACAUCCGUCUCCAGCCCCACCCCACCCCCUCUCCCCGACUCAUGCAAUACUCCUCUACUAGAGUGUCAAUCUAUAGUAUAGAUUGGUUUUGUAGACACGUAAGUACACAUACACAGACACACACGUACAAUAUCUAUAUCUACACUUAAAGGUUGGUGGUUCAGAUUGUCUUUUUAUAAUCGUAAUGACCACCUACUGCUAUAACAGCUCAAGUUGUAUAAUGUAAACUUGAGCUGCAACUGGUAGCCAUGACACGAGUACCAUGGGCUUAUUAUGGAUACUCCAAUAUUCUCAUUUUAGAGUGUGUUGAUUCAGCUUCAUUUGAUCAGAGCAUCAGUCUCACAACUCAGCUAAUGUGUCUGACAGCAGCUUCUGCGUGGUAAUGGAACCUUGUUAUUGAUUUUUUUUUUUAUUUUUUUUUUUUUAUGUGGGGGCUUAUUAUUUACUUUCUCUGUCAGUGUUGUUAUUAUCCUGUGUCAGAAAGCCAAUUCACCCUAGGAGGAAAAUGUAUAAGGCUUCUAGUGGGCAUAGAAGAUGUAGGGAAAACUGUGCUAUAAAAGGAAACAUGUACUGGCAAGCACUAUCCGAUUUUGUUUUUUUUCUGUGUUCACACCAUCUUUAUGGUCCUGCUGUCCUAAAUGCUCUCGUUGUGUGUGUCUGGUUGUCUUCCCAACAAACCGGGAGCCUUGACCCAAAAGAAAAACCAGCCAGGACCUCAUUUUAUACUCAUGUUCAGGGGUUUUAAAUUAACAAUAAGUACAAGGCUGGUAAAAACUGUAUAAAGUAUGACCGACUAUUGUGAAAACUUCUUGGCUGGUUAAAGAUUUAAUUCCCCACACCACUCCAGCAACUAAAACAUUAAUGCCAAGCCCAUGCCUCGGUACAUAAAGCACAAUUUACACACAUGAAUAUUGCAAGAGCGCCAAAGCGUGAAGAAGUACUCCACAUGUCCUUCUGUGUUUGUUUUGCUUGUUUCGAACAUUUAAGAGAGAUUUUCAACCGCAGCAUUUUGCCACAACAUACAAAGCUAAGUGACGACAGAAGCAGGUUUUCUGUCCGAUCUCAUGAGUUCAGUUACUGGCCAGCCCAUCACCCGUGCCACUUGCCCUCUUUGUAAUUAUUCCCUCUGAAUUUCACCUUUAGCUUUAUGAUUUUGAAGUCUUAUUUGUCCACGCACACUCGGCUCACUCUGCACUUUGGCCCUGUUCCAUGGACCGCCCCUGGGCCUUUCACUUGUUAUAUAGUUUUCGGCCCUUGUGACUUCUGUUUUGGAAGCAGACACUUGUCCUGUGAGGGCCAUAGCCGACACUAUUUACUUUUUUUUUUUUUUUUUUAGUUUUCCUUGAAAGGACACAUGUCAGAGCUUGCAUGCAUGAAUCAAACCCUUAUGCCUCCCAUUGCUGAGUAAGUUUAAUACAAAUACAAUACAGGGUAUUUUCUAGGCAUGCAAAUUAUGAGAUUUCUACAAUAUAUUAUCAGAUAAUGUAUUAAUAUUAAAUGAUCAUUUGUUGAAAAAGAAAAAUGAGAUUCCUGAUAAUUUAAAAUCUCCCAAUCCCCAAUUAUCUUAAAUUUUUUUUUUUUCCUUUUUCUUUUUCUUUUUUUUUUUUUUUUUUUUUUACAGAUGCUUGUCCAAUUAACGUGUUUAUUUUCAUUGUGACAUCUUAGCAUCUUACUAUGUAUUCCAUUUGCUAAACAAUACGUUUGUCAUUAGAGCGAGAUCAUCUUUCAUUGCUGGAAUGUCAU